AUGCAUUCACAGGACACAAGUUUUGAUGUUCCAGCUCCCUGGAUUGCUCCUGCUACUUCAUCAGGCAGAUUUGACACGUUCUCCGAUGUGCCAACAGAACAUUUUCCAUGCAUGGAGGAAUUCUACAGUCAGGAGAGCAGACUAAUGGAAGACGACACAGAACUUGAGUCUACUGUUGACUAUACAGAAGAGCUGGAAGAGUUCAGAAGAAUCCAAGAGGAAGAAAUGCGAUCAGAUUCUAGCGAUUUUUCCUACAGUGACUCAUCAAAUCCAGCUCUUGGUCCAGGUCACCACGCUCUUUCCGAUCAUGCUCCUACACUCACUCACCAUACCCCAGCAGCGAAGAUCCAGGUCACGCUCCCCCAUGACAUCGACAGUUCUCACCCCAGAUCCCCUCUAUACAGGAAUCACAGUCCCUGUGAGGAACUCCUACCUCUUUCCAGAUGGAGCGGGAAAGUGAAUGUUGAAGCCAGUAAAGAGAGCUCCAGCAUAAAGGUGGAGAGGAAUGAUGUGGUUGACACUUUGUCAAAAUUUAUGAAGAGCCGUUCCCAAUAUCAGUUAGUUUCCAGAGACACAGAACUUGAUGAGUGUACUGUUGACUAUGCCGAAGAGCAGGAGAAGAAUCCAGAAGGAGGAAUGCGAUCAGAUUCUAGAGAGGUGACUCAUUACCUGAGCUGCAGCAGUGCAACAAGUGCUGCAGAUAUUACCACUGCCAGUGUAUUUAAGCCAGCCAAACUUGUCAAAUUAAAAAGUCAUGUUCAAAUCCACUUUAACAAGGCAGUUGUAUAUGGAGGCUUCACUAUACACAGAUGUGGACUGGGAUGUAGAACAGCACUGCAUUACCACUGCCCAUACUGUGAUACUACAGUUUUAAGGAGAAGGGAUUUUGAGACGCAUGUACAGGUUUGCAAAAAAAACCCGCUUCCAACUUCAGCCACAAUUUUAUCACCAGCCACUGCAGCGCUGACCACACCUUCUCCAGCCACUGCAGCGCUGACCAUACCUUCUCCAGCCACUGCAACGCUGACCACACCUUCUCCAGCCACUGCAACGCUGACCACACCUUCUCCAGCCACUGCAGCGCUGACCACACCUUCUCCAGCCACUGCAGCGCUGACCACACCUUCUCCAGCCACUGCAACGCUGACCACACCUUCUCCAGCCACUGCAGCGCUGACCACACCUUCUCCAACCACUCUGACCACACCACACAGGGUUCGUGUGCAGCCUGUGAUAAAAAAAAAAUGCCCAGUUUGCAAUAUCCUCAUUAAUAGAAAAAACUUAAAAAAACAGAUUGACCGCAAACACACAGAACAGCCAAUACAGGACAUUAAUGCCACAUUCCAUCUUGUAAGCCAGACAAAUGGCAUAUUUACAGUCCUUAAAGUUACCAAGGGUCACAGUGUUCCUCUUCAUAUUCAGCUCAAGACAUGGGGAGAACACCAUAAGGUCAUCUGUGAAUCACAUGAAUGUCAGGUCAACAUGGAAGUUGCACAGAGGAGUGGCCUGUCAUCAUAUCUGUGCAAACACAUCCGCUCUGUAACUUACUGCACAUCUUCUGCAGAACCAGUCUCCCUGAAAGAGGAGAUUUUAACCGAGAUGGUAAAAGCAAAGUGGUUUAGUAAUGAAAAGAAGAAGAUAUGCCUUACUCACCAGCAGCUUGCCAACAGCAAUUGCAUACCACUCUCUGUUCAAACUUCAAUUGGCACCCCUGAAACAAAGAAAUUAAUUUCAGUAUUUGAACCCAGUGUCUCCUAUUACAGUCGGUUGGGACGUGUAAUGGUUGUGUAUGACUCAAAAUUAAACACAUGGCAUUGUCCCUGUGCCAAAUUGAGGCGUUCAUGUGUGCACAAAUAUAUUGCAAAAUGGCACCUUUUUCAGACCCAACCUGAGUUGUUUCGAACAGUCUUCAGCAGAGAAGAAUCACCACUCAAAGGGCCACAUGCACAGUCUGAGGAGAAGGAUUUCAGAGAAGACAGUCCUGUUUAUCCUCCAAAAGAUCUGGGGCUAAAAAAUAUGGUAUCUUACAUUCUUCUGCACAAGAAGAUACCCGUUGAUCUACCAGAUGAUGUGCAUGUACCAUCACCAGACAAAGACUACCCAAGGAACCUUUGUCCAGAUGAAAGUAUCUGUCAUAGUUGUCCAGGUGUUAUCCCCCUCAGUGAUCCCAUCCUAAUUACAAAGAAGGCUAAAAUACUCACAAACUGGUCCAUUAUUGAAGACGUUGCCACCUACUGUAAGCAGUGCCCACUUUGUGGAAUGUUCUACCGUUACCAGGAGUGGAAAGACCACCUACAUAACUUCAAUGACCACAUCAUCCUUGCCAUACCCUUAUGCCUAACCUUGAGAAGCCUUCUCCAGGUACAUACUUCUGUCAGCAGCGCCGUUGAUUUUUUGCAAGAUUUGACCGGUUUAAAGUUUCCGUCAGCAGACACAGUGCUGCAUGCUUAUUUACACUUUGAGGCCCUUACAAAACAUGAGUAUGAGUAUUCAUGCGUUACUUGUGGUGAUUAUCCCCCUGUUGUGAUAAUGGAUCUACACAAAAAGGGUGUUUUCCAGCUUUCUGUUAAUGACAUAGAGGAACCCCCAGAAAACUAUCAAGGGGAAGUCAAUCUGGAAACAUUCUGGGAGGCAUUGUCCAAAGAGAUGAUAUGUCGUGGAUUUGUUGCAAGUGGGGCACAAAAUCCAUUUGUUUUUAAACCCAUGUAUCACUUCUGGGCUCCUUGGAUUGGCAAGAACACACGUUGUUCAGAUAGUGUGCUAAACACAGAGUAUGAAAAACUUCAUUCUUCAAAGUCUGCCUCAGAGACCGCAGAAAUUACGGUGACAGAGGAGAGGCUGAAGGAAGAACUUCAAAAGCAAAAGGUUAAUGUUAUUCGAAAACUAUGCAAAGAAUGUGGUCUGGACUCCAUUGGAUCUCGGAGUGACCUUCUCCUCAGAUUGUCUAAUGAAAUGAAAUCGAGGCAAACAUAUGAUAAAAUCUUUGAAAAAAUCUGGGGUGCCUCUGGAGGCUGGGGAGUCUUCAUGUGCCCAUGUGGCAUAGUUUACAGUUUAAAAAGCAAUCUUCGAGCAGAAAGCCCUCGAGAUUUUGCUGAUCUUCUGUUCUCAUGGAAGCAUCUGCCGAACAUCAUUAUUUAUGACUUUGCACGCGGUUUUGCAACACAUGCCAAUCUAAGGGCACCAGAAAGCAUACCUAUAUGUCCAUAUGAAGGACGCUUAGCAGAACCCAAUGAAGAAACAUUAAACUUGCCAAAUCUGGAAAUCUGA